AUGCCUCCUCGAAGGAUCGAGGUUGAAUCUGAUUCGGGUGACGAAUUUGAAGAGAGGGACAAGAACGACAAAGGAAAGGCCAAAGCUAAGGAUGGGGGCUACGCUUGGGAGGCACAGUAUACAAGAUCUUGGGAUCAAGUACGGGAAGACGAGGGCGGGAGUCUACAGGGUGCAGUAGACGGUCUCAUUGCCCGGCAGCGGCGCAAGCGUCUGCUCGAGCCCGCGUCCGCGGUCCGACGAACAAUUGUCAGGCACCUAUUCUUGUUACUUGAUCUAUCCCAAGCCAUGCGCGAACGAGAUAUGCGACCGAAUCGUCUCGAACUUACGCUACAGACGUCGCGGGGAUUUGUGGCAGAGUGGUUCGACCAGAACCCUCUCGGGCAGAUCGGCGUAGGCGCGAUGCGUGCAGGUCUGGGCGAACGCGUUGCGGAAAUGACCGGUAAUCCCCAGGAAGUGCUGGCCGCACUAGCAGAGAAACAUAAACUGGAACCUGUAGGCGAACCUAGCCUCCAAAAUGCGCUCGAGAUGGCCCGCAGUGCCAUGAGCCACCUUCCUGCUCACGCCUCGCGCGAAGUACUGAUUGUAUACGGGGCUCUGACAACUGUUGAUCCCGGCGACAUCAUGGAAACUUUAGCCGCAUGUGUACGGGACAAGAUCAGAAUAUCGGUUGUAGCGCUUGCAGCUGAAAUGAAGAUAUGUCGUGAACUGUGCGACAAGACAGGCGGUACAUUUAGCGUGGCGAUGAACGAGGGUCACUUCAAAGACCUUGUUUUUGAUCUCAUACCUCCACCCGCUCAGCGUGCGGCACCCAAAACUACCCCUACUACCGCACCGGCAGCAGCUGGUGGUGCUGAUUUGAUGCUCAUGGGCUUCCCUACCCGACUACCGGUUGCAUCACCAGCUGCUCUCUGUGCAUGUCACGGCGCGAUGAAGCGGGCAGGCUUUCUAUGUCCGCGCUGCCGAGCCCGACUAUGUGACGUUCCAACAGACUGUGCCGUCUGUGGGCUCAUGGUUGUCUCUGCGCCACAUCUUGCGCGAAGUUUCCAUCACCUUUUCCCCGUAAAGCCUUACACUGCUGUCAAGGACCUCGUUGAUUCAACGCCUCGCUGCCAUGCCUGUGCUGUAACCUUUCCAACUCAGCCACAGCAGGCUGCGCAAGUUCAAGAGGGCAUGAGUCCAUUCGGGCGAUAUCGUUGUCCUACGUGCAAGCACGAUUUUUGCGCCGAAUGCGACGUUUUUGUUCAUGAAGUGCUGCACACAUGCCCAGGGUGUGAUACCUAA